AUGGAGCUGAAGCAAAGCCAUUCUGUGAGGCUGAAUGAUGGACACCUCAUGCCGACGCUGGGAUUUGGCACUUAUGCUCCUGAUCAUGUAAGUGGACCCCUGGAGGCUGAAGGACCCCCCAAGAGCAAGGCUGGUGAAGCCACCAAAGUGGCUAUUGAUGUAGGCUUCCAUCACAUUGAUGCAGCGUUCUUCUACCAAAACGAGGAGGAGGUCGGAAAGGCCAUUCGAGAGAAGAUUGCUGAUGGCACUGUGAAGAGAGAGGACAUUUUCUACACUACCAAGCUUUGGACAACUUUCUUUAGGCCAGAAUUAAUUCGCCCAGCCCUGGAAAGGUCACUGAAGAAACUUCAACUGGACUAUGUGGAUCUCUUCAUUAUCCACAAUCCAUUGGCUAUGAAGUCUGGGGAGGAAUUGCUGCCUAAGGAUGCCAGUGGAAACAUUAUUUUUGACACUUUGGACCUUCGUGACACAUGGGAGGCCCUGGAGAAGUGCAAAGACGCAGGUCUAGCCAAGUCCAUUGGGGUGUCUAAUUUCAGUCGCAAGCUGCUGGAACUCAUCCUCAACAAGCCAGGGCUCAAGUAGAAGCCCACCUGCAACCAGGUGGAAUGUCACGCUUACCUCAACCAGAGCACCCUGGAGUUCUGCAAGUCCAAGGACAUUGUUCUAGUUGUCUACAGUGCCCUGGGAUCCCAAAGAGACCCAAACUGGAUGGACCCAGAUAGCCCAUAUCUCUUGGAGGAGCCAACCUUGAAAUCCAUUGCCAAGAAACACAAUAGAAGCCCAGGCCAGGUUGCCCUGCGCUACCAGCUGCAGCCGGGGGUGGUGGGCCUGGCCAAGAGCUUCUCUGAGAAGAGAAUCAAAGAGAACUUCCAGGUUUUUGACCUUGAGUUGACUCCAGAGGACAUGCAAGCCAUUGAUGGCCUCAACAGAAAUUUCCGAUAUGCUAAGUUACAAUUGUAA